CCCAAACCGGAAGCUAACGAUACACUACGGCAAGCUAAAAGCCAGUUCUGUAGAUAAUUUUGUUAUAUCGUGCUUUUGCAUCACAGUCCUAAAUUGCACAACAUGGAUUUAUUUUUUCUGUGACUGCAGUUUACGUCUUUUUUUAGCCAGAGGGUUUCAUCUUUUUCCAAGCAAACAAAAAGGCACAAGUAUUACAAGAUGUCCAAAUCAUUUCAGUUGCAACUGAGCUCCAUAAUGGAGAUAAUGACUAAAACGGCAAUGGAAGAAAUAUGCAAACUUGUAGACGGCGAUUUUGCGUUUUUACGACAAGAGCUGUCACGGGUCAUGAGUGAAAAUACAGUUCUGAAAGACAAAAUGCUCUGUCUCGAGAGCGAAGUCGAAAGCACGCGCAUCACAAAGGAAGAAACACGUGCUGGCACCAAAAUAUAUCGCUCUAUUUGUGUUCAAACCGAAUAUGGAGUGCAGCCCUCCAUCAAAGGGAUAUUUGGAAAGGAGUGGUGUUCCAGUUUGUGGGAUCAUCAGAUGAUUGAGCCAAGAGAAGAUACGCUGGCAAUCGAUGACGACCUUUAUCCUGUAUCGCCUUAUAAGCACAAAGACCAAGACUGUUCCAACCAACUUUUUAUUAAAGAGGAGAAUUUAGAAGUGGACACUUAUACCAACUAUAUAGGCAAAAUACCCCAAGCGUCAAGAGGACAGUUACACUCCUCUGCAUUUGAGCCCUUCGCUGUUAAUCGUCCAGAGGUGGCAGAAUCCAAUAAAUUCAACAAACGUUUUGUGCUCGAUGGAUUUCCAGAGAUAUCUGAAAUCCAAACCACAUCCUCCGAUUCCUCAGACAAACACUCCAUAGAAAUCACAGUUAUUGACGAAACUGGUGAACAAUUAAUGGCACCAAUUGAUGAUUCAAUUGAAUCUGAUGGCUACUAUAUUCUCGAUGAAUUUUCAGACCCAGGACCAUCUGAAGCCCAGAACGAUGGAAGAUCACAGGAGAUAUAUGGGUAUGAUGCAACCCCUGCAGAAAGUUGUGUAAAAAGAUUUAAGGUACAGAAACUGCCCGGGCGACCUAAAUUGAGUUAUUGUGAUUCUGGAAAGGUGUUUCUUCAUCAAAAUUCUACCAAAAACCGAAUCAGAAAAUACAAGUGUCGGCCUUCAGUAAAGUUUCCAAAGGUGAAACCAAAUGAAAAGUUUCGUUGUGAGGUCUGUGGGAAAUGUUUCCAUUCGAACACUAAUCUCACGGUUCACUAUGUGGUCCACACAGGGGAAAGGCCCCAUAAAUGCAGUUAUUGUGGGAAAGGGUUCUCACAGAAAGGAAAUUUACAUACUCACGAACGCAUCCACCGAGGAGAAAAACCAUUUACUUGUCAAACCUGCGGAAAGGGCUUCACCCAGAAAGUCUGCCUACGCAAUCAUGAACGCAUCCACAGUGGAGAAAGACCAUAUACUUGUGUAACCUGCGGAAGGGGUUUUAAACAGAAAAUCACCUUAGAUCAACACAUGCUUGUCCAUCAGAGAAGAGCUAAGAUAAAAGCAAAGAGAACACUGAGUGAUUUCAUUUCUAGCUUUAUAUAGCACUUGUUAUUUCUAAACUUAAAAGUCUUCAGUGGCUGUGUAAAAUGAAAUAUUGAGAAGUUUCAUUUUGCAAUACGUAGGUUGAAGCAGCAGAGAUACAUUUCAGUAAUGACUGUGUAAUUAACUAAUGUGUCUUCCAUUAACUCAAAGGCACAGCAUGGUGAUGUUUUAUGUCAUCCAUUAGGGUAAAGCAACCAAUAACAGUAUUUGAUCUUCACAGAUUUUACACUGUGUAUUUUCAAAUGAGGGAACGUGUAUUGGAAAGAAAUAUUUUCUUUUUGUAUGUCCAGUUAUGUACAAUUGCGCACGUUUCUGUUGAUUGUUUCAGGUCAGCAGUCUGUUAGGUUGCACAUACAAGCAAAUACAUUUAAAAAUUACUAUGGGUGUUUUCAUCCAUGCUGAAGUAUAAAUAAAAAAAUGAUUUGCAUGAUUUCACUCAUUUUUUGUAAUGUUUUAUUCAAGAACAUCAUGCUUGCCCAUUUGUUCAAAUGAAUAUGCACAUCUAGAUGCUUCUUAAUAAAGUUUGUUCAAUUCAAUAUAUAGAUAAAUAUUUAUGUGUAAAACUUUACCAGACAUUACUUAAAGAAAUAUUCGGGGUUCAAUAUCAGCUCAAUCGACAGCAUUUGUGGCACAAUGUUAAUUACCACAAAAAUUAAUUUCUAUUUGCCCUUCAUUUUCUUUAACCUGUUGAAAAUGUCACAAUUUGUGUGUUAACAUUUUAGUGUGAUAGAAUCGCUUGUUAACCUUUUCUGUGUAAAGUUAUAUCCAAUUUUACAUGACAACAUAAUGCCGUAGACUAAAACCCUAAAAUGAAUAAUUUAACAACUUUAGUUUACACUGUAACCUGUAACUUUGUGGGGUUUUUUUUUUUCUUUUUUUUUUUAAGGAGAAAAAGAGUCAAAAUUAAUUUUUGUUGUAAUCAACAUUAUGCCACAAAUGCUGUUAAUUAAGAUCAACUUGUAUUGAACCCUGAAUAUUCCUUUAAGGACAGAAAACAAACAAAGCAUCUUCGGUAGCACUUUAAAAUAAGGUAAGUUAACAACAUCACUUAACAUGAAAUAACAAUAAACAAUAUUUUAAGAGCAUUUAUUAAUCUUGGUUAAUGUUAAUUUCAACAAAUACUAAAACAUUUUUAAAAUCCAAAGUUGUAUAUGUUAACAUUAGUUAAUGCACUAUGAACUUACAACUAACAAUGAACAAAUGUCUUUUUAUGAACUAACAUUUACAAAGAUUAAUAAAUACUGUAAGUAAAAAAUAUAUUAAUUGUUAGUUCAUGAUACCUUAUGCAUUUACUAAUGUUAAAAAAUGUAACAUUAUUAUAAAGUGAUACUGAAACUUCUACCACAGUAAUCCAGCAUUAACCUUUUCAGCAAUGUUUUUUAAGGACUUGUGUAAUAGCAUAAAACACACUGACGUUAACUUAGUUCCCUUUCAAGUUAGUCAGUUCAACGCUGCGUCAGUUUGCUGGGGAUCUCUGCAGAGAUUACCGAUCUCUGAAACUUUUUAGAAUCAUGCCGAUUUUAAUUGACAGUUCAUCUGACUAUAAUUUCAGGGUAAGCGAUAUCAUCUCUUCGUACGGCCAUCUCGGAUUUUGUCUUCAGAUUUGCACACCUUCACAGUGCGCGAAUAGUUUGUCUGUUCUCUGCGGUGCUUCGGCGCUCAUCUUUCAUCAACGCUUCACUGUUGUAACUGCACAUCAACAGCAUAUGGAUUAUUUCUCCUCCUGUGUGUCAGCUGACGGAUGAGCCUGUUUCGUCGUUUCACUGCUUCACCAGCGAGCAUUUUUGUCUAUGGCCUGUUGUGCCUUAAUGGAAGCAUAUCCUUUGAAUUAUGCAUGCAGAGCCGGUAUGAUAUUUUGUAUUUCAUAUAUUCUGGAUAAUUCAUUGGUGCAAAAUCACCACCCAAGCCAUCAGUAGGUCGAUGUGUAGCCUGGUGUCUGCGGGAAGUCAGCUCUGGCAUAAUUUGGCAUAAUCAGAGAUGCGUGACAAAGAUUAAGCUGUGAACACCAGGGCCUGUUGGAUGACACCAUAAGUGCCUUCACCGAAUGGUUUCAGGCAGCUCAAAAGCAGUAGCAGGCAUACAAACACCUCUUACCGAGGCGAGGGGUUAUGCAUUUACUAAUGCUCGCACUCCUCCUUGGGUCACCACCCACACCAGCUCAGUGCGUCUGCUGCCUUCCCUUCUGCUUGUACCUAGCUCCUCGUACAUUCACAAAUGUGUCAAUACGGCACUCGCUCUGUUGAGACUGAACGCCGUUGAUGAUUGGUUGCUUUAGCACAGUCAGAGGAACAAGCUUGCAAACACAGUGACCUGUUGCUUGCACAUUUGGGACCAAUUGGGAAGUCAACUGGUCAAAGAGCAAACUGAUGCCCAGUCACCAGGUGUCAUUUUUAGGAAUGAAACGAGACUCGGUCACUCUGUUAGCGCGCUUGACCGAGGAGCGCACUCAAACCAUUCUCCGGUGCUUGAACAACUUGUUCCCCUGGGUGGUUUGUCAGUUGGCAGAUAUCCUCUGACUGUAAAAUUCUUAAGUGGUGCAAGGCGGACAUGGCCUCCUUGCCCCGUCACUGUCCCAGUUUAGUAUUUAGCGCUCAAGGGUCCCCUGUUCGAGCCACUAGAUACAGUGAGCUUACACGUACUCUCAUUGAAGACUGCCCUGCUUCUUGCUUUGGUAAGCAAAACGUGUCGGGGACAUCCAAGCAUUGGUGGUUGACAAAUAUUGUUUAAAGUUUGGACCGGGUUGGUUUGUCAAAAGCCAUUCUCAAACCCAAGAAUAGCUAUGUGCCCAAGAUUUUGAUCACUCCCAUCAGGGCUCAGUUUAUUACCCUUCAAGCUUCCUCCCCUCCUCCAUUUGUUUCGGACAAGGCAGAGAAGAUGCACAUGCCAUGCCCUGUAAGGAUGCUGCAUGCAUAUGUCGAUUGUAUGAGUCAAAUGACACUGACAAAUCAGCUGUGUCGCAGGUCGUUCAAAGGGUUUGGCUGUUUCCAAACACAGACUUUCCCAUUGGAUCGUGGAUGCCAUUGCACUCGCAUAUGAAUCGCAAGGCAUGCAGUUCCCCAUUGGCAUUAAAUCUCACUCCACUAGAGGCAUGGCUUCUUCUUGGGUGUGGUCUAAUGGUGUUUCCAUAGAGGACACAUGCCUAGCCUUGGGCUGGGCUUCCCCUAGCACUUUUGCUAGGUUUAAUUUUCAUUUAUAAUCUGGAUGUCACCUUUCUCUCUUCCCAGGCGCUUACUGCAAAAUGAGUAACCCCUGAAUUUGACUUCUGUACUUACCAGUGUAUUUCUACAUGUCCAAUUCACAAGCCACUAUCAGCAGUUUACUUUAUGUUAAGUUUCACUACCUAUCCGGCUAGUGACUUCUUAAUCACUGGCGGCUGUGCUCCACCCUGCAUAGUCCUACGAGACAGUGAUUUGACAGUUUGCGGUGUUGCGCUACCCGGACUGGCUAGUGCCAUCACAACGUAUAUCCAUUUUAUCAGUUAUUUUUUGCUCCUUCCUUCCAAUUAAGAUAUGAAAAAGAGGCUCUGUCUGUGCUUUUAUCUAUCCUAUUGGCUAGUAGGCAUUGUUUAUGCAUGCAAAUCAGUAGUACGGCGUGAUGUUAACAUAUCCCCAAAGCAUAAGUGAACUGACGCAGCGUCGAAGUGACCGACUUGAAAAGAAACGGUAAGAUUAUGACUCUAAACCUGGUUUCCUGAGGGAACGAGACGCUGCGUACGCUGGCGGUGCUACUGAAUUCUCGCUGUAAGGGCUGAGUAUCACUCUUUACCCUUCAGUUGAAUAUUCUGAUCAGAUAGUGCUGAGAUUAGUUAUCCAUGCGGAGAUCCCCAAAGCGUCAGCGAACUGAUACAGCUUCUAUCAGGGAACCAGGGUUACAUUCGUGACCAUAUAGUUUUUAAGUCUCACAAUACAGAUGAAAUUCAGUGAACAUUCACUUCAGUAUUUAUUAGUCUAACUAAAACACUGGUGUGUAUUAAAAGCCUGUUUGUACGCAUAGCUUUUACCACAUUCAGCACAACUAUAUGGCUUUUCCCCAGUGUGGCUUCGGAGAUGUACAUUUAGAGAACUCUUUUGAGCAAAACUCUUUCCACACUCCAAGCACGUGUAUGGCCUCUCGCCAGAGUGAGUGCGCUGGUGUAUUCUGAGAUAUGUUUUCUGAGCGAAUCGUUUGCUACAAACUGUACAGGCAUAGGGUUUCUCUCCAGAGUGUAUUCGCAUGUGUGCUUUCAAAUAGGUUAAUUUGUUGAAGGCUUUUGCACAGAAUACACAAUCAAACCUUUUUUCUUCUGAAAUUGUCUGGUUAUGGGUAGUGUUGAAAUGUGACUCUAUUGUACUGUCUCUAUUUGUGGAAGCUCUUCCAUCAAGAGUUUCUUUUUCAGCUUGUCUCUGUUGUAUGUUUAGCUGCACUUGGUCAUCUGAAGGUAGCGUGUAUGUCAUAAAAUCAUCAGAAGUCUGGGCAACACAUCUGUCACUGCUGGCCG